AUGCUGCCUGAGGAGGUUCCAUUUGGAUACUACACAGACAUCAUCUUUUCCUUCGCCACAAUCGACCCAAACACCUUUGAGAUACAGACCGGCGACUCGAAGAUAGCGCAGUUCAUGCAGCGGAUUAACGCCAUCAAGCUUAUCCAGCCAGACAUCAGAAUCUGGAUUGCGGUGGGCGGAUGGGCGUUUAACGAUCCCGGUCCGACGCAGACCACCUUUAGUGACAUGGCUGCUUCAACUUCUGUCACUAAAAGUUACAUCGACUCUCUUAUCGAGAUGACGAACAAGUACGACUUUGACGAUAUCGACGUUGAUUGGGAAUAUCCAGUAGCUGAGGACCGUUUCGGUAAAGGUGGAGACUUCGAGAACUUUGUGACCUUCAUGAAGACGCUCGCUGAAAGGAUGCGUGGGAGCGACAAAAGGAAGGCCGUGUCACUCACGCCCCCAUCCUGCUUUUGGUACCUACAACACCUUGAUAUCAAGAACCUCGAAAAGCACGUCGUCUGGUUCAACAUCAUGAGCUACAGCAUUCACGGGUCCUGGGACAUUAACAAGUGGACCGGCCCCUACGCCAACUCCCAUACCAACAUGACGGAGAUCCAAGACGCACUUGACCUGCUUUGGCGCAACGAUAUUAAGCCCGAGAAGGUCACCUUUAGAAUGUACUUCUACAGCCGAAGCUUCACGCUCCAAAAUGCAGGCUGCAACACUCCCGGUUGCGUCUUUAGCUCCGGGGGAAACGCGGGAGCCUCCCAAGCCCGUUGUUCCCCGUGGGGACUAUGA